AUGGCUGAUGAAGAUAGAAUCUCGAAACUACCUGAUACAGUAAUCGUACACAUUUUGUCCUUUCUGCCCACUGUGGAUGUUGUUCGGACAUGCAUCCUUUCAAGGCGUUGGAAGUUCAUGUGGUUUUCAGUUCCCACUCUCUCUUUCUCUGAUACUAGUGCUGAUUUUCAAUCGCCAGACGGCCUAGAAAAGUUCUACAAAUAUGUGGAUGAUUGUCUCGAACACCGAAGGAGAAUUAUGUAUUAUUUCGUCGAUUCAAAUAAAGUGAAGGAAAUAAAUCUUUGCUUGAGUUUUAGCUGCGAAGAUGGUGUUAAUUACUAUUGGUUACCUGAAACAGUAGUCAACGCAAGAGGUUUGACUAUUUUGGAGUUGGAAGGGUUAGAUUUGGAUGCUACCUAUUCAAUUGGACUUCCAGCAUUGAAAACUCUGUCGAUGAAAAACUUUUUCUUUCUAAGUAUCGGAAAGGUUGAUUUGGUAUCUAAGUUUUUGUUGGGUUGUCCUUCCCUUGAGAAAUUGAUGUUAGAUUUGGGUGGUAACAUGGGUAGUAUUGGUGAUCUCCGUUUACAAAGUUCAAGCCUCAAGUUCAUUAAAAUUGAAAAUGAUGGAAGUGCAUAUGCAGUACCUUUUCAAGUUGAAGCCAUAAAUCUCGAGUCUUUGGUACUAAAUGGACCUAUUUUUGAAAUCUCAAAUCUUUCUACAUGCAAGGCAAUUAGAAAUCUCUCACUAACUUUUAAUAGUAGUAUUACUAUUAAAGACCCGUCAUCACUAGAGUAUCUCAUUUCAAAUCUUCCUCUCCUUGAGGAUUUGACUUUGGAGAACUGCUAUGAAUUGAAGUUGGAGCACAUUAAGAUCUUGAAUCAACAAUUGAAAAGUUUCCAUUUGAAGAAUAAGGAUGCUAAAUAUGAUCAUGGAAUGAACAUUAUAAUUGAAUCAGCUCCAAAAUUAACAACCUUUUGUUAUGAAGGUAAUGUCAACCUCAGCAUAUCAACGAAGUCCUCUAAUUUAUUGAAUGGAAAAUUCGUGAUUUCUAAUCUGCAUGAGAACUAUGACCCAAAUUGGUUUACGAGUAUGAUGAUUUUUCUUCUAAAUCUCAAUUGCUCUUGGAAUAUUGUAACUCUGCAUGUGCACUCAGAUAAGGAUCUCAUUUUGUCAGAAAAUUUUAAAAAGAUAUGUCGUUCUCCCUUGCUUAAUUGGAAGCAUCUCAGAGUUAUUACUGAUAAACCAGAGAGAGAAUCAAACCUGAAGGAUUCUUUGAUGUGGAUUUCACCCUCUCUAGAAACAUUAUCUAUUAAUGGAAAGGUCAUACUUUAGUUGUUACUGCUGAUUAUGAGCAGGAAUGAUGAUGUUUCAUUUGUUUUCUUUCCUAAUUGCUACUUUCGAUCUUUUGAGAUUGUAUUUACUUUAUCACUAACUUAGUAUGAAUGAGUUUUGACUACUUUGCAUAAGAAUGUGAUAUUUUUCCUUUCUUGCAUAUUUGUUUCUAAAUAGAAUACUAUUAUUAAUAUUAUAGAUUUAUUUUUCUAUCUUCUUGCAAUUUUUACAAAUUUACAAAUAACUUGACCUCACACUGGUAGAAUUGUUAAUGAGGUAUAUAGUUUAGCUGAACUCAUCUAAUUUGAUAAAUGGAAACUUUAAACUUAAUGCGCAACCUAGGUCAGGUCUGCAUAUUUUCUCACAUAAGGUAAUGCCAAUUAGUUAUCUUAUUAUAUAAUGGGUUACUUCAAUUUGAUAUCACUAAUUUACAUCUAAAACAA